ACCCGGCCCUGUCCCGUCCCCUCACGUCGGGCCGCGCCGCGAAGACGCGGGAAGGAGGAGGCGGCGGCUGCCCGAUUUGUUUGUAAAUGCAUCAUAAACAGACAGCCCAGAAUGAAGAAAGCAAGCAGGAGUGUUGGCUCAGUGCCCAAAGUGCCUGGAGUAAAUAAGACUCAAACAACUGAAAAAACCAAACCAGAGAGCGGCUCCUCACUGUCUGCAGUAACAAAACUCUCCAAGGCUGGGACAUCGGCAGCCCUUUUGAAGACUAAGAGUAACGAUGACCUCUUAGCAGGGAUGGCCAGCGGUGGUGGAGUGACAAUGACCAAUGGUGUCAAGGCAAAGAAGAGCACGUGUGUAUCAACAGUGUCUUCAGCUACAGGGACAACCAUGAACACUCUGGAAAAUAAACCUAAAACUGUUGCAGGUUCCACAGCUAAGCGUAGCGCUUCAUCUGGAAAUAAAGAAUCGAGCUCUUCUAGAGAGAGAAUACGUGAUCGUUCUCGUUUAAGCCAGAGUAAAAAGCUGCCUUUGACCGGACAGGGGAGCAACGAUACGGUACUGGCAAAACGGUCCCGCAGUCGCACCAAUCCAGAAUCUGAUAUUCGGAUGAGCAAGUCCAAAUCAGACAAUCAGAUCAGUGACAAAGCUGCACUGGAAGCAAAGGUGAAUGAUCUUCUGACGUUAGCAAAAACUAAAGACGUGGAAAUCUUGCAUCUGAGAAAUGAACUAAGGGACAUGCGUGCUCAGCUGGGACUUAAUGAAGACCAAGUUGAAGGUGAUGAAAAAUCUGAAGAAAAAGAGGCCAUUGUUGUCCAUCAGCCAACUGAUGUAGAGUCUACGUUGCUACAGUUACAGGAACAAAACACUGCCAUCCGAGAAGAGCUCAACCAGCUGAAGAAUGAGAACCGAAUGUUAAAAGACAGACUAAACGCGUUAGGCUUCUCUUUGGAGCAAAGGCUGGACAACUCUGAGAAACUCUUUGGCUAUCAGUCUUUGAGUCCGGAGAUUACAGCUGGCAACCACAGCGAUGGCGGCGGUACACUAACAUCUUCAGUGGAAGGUUCUGCUCCUGGAUCAAUGGAAGAUUUGUUAAGUCAGGAUGAACACACUUUGAUGGACAACCAGCAUAGUAACUCCAUGGAUAAUUUAGAUAGUGAGUGCAGCGAAGUUUAUCAGCCACUGACAUCGAGUGAUGAUGCUUUAGAUGCUCCGUCCUCUUCGGAGUCUGAAGGCGUACCGAGUAUAGAAAGAUCUAGAAAAGGAAGCAGUGGCAACGCGAGUGAAGUGUCUGUAGCUUGUCUGACAGAGCGGAUACAUCAGAUGGAAGAGAACCAGCACAGCACAGCAGAAGAGCUCCAAGCCACGCUGCAAGAGCUUGCGGAUCUGCAACAAAUAACACAGGAGCUAAACAGUGAGAAUGAAAGACUUGGAGAGGAAAAAGUAAUCCUGAUGGAAUCUCUGUGCCAGCAAAGCGAUAAGUUGGAACACUUCAGCCGUCAGAUAGAAUAUUUUCGGUCUCUUUUAGAUGAGCACCAUAUUUCAUAUGUAAUUGAUGAAGAUAUGAAAAGUGGUCGCUACAUGGAGUUAGAGCAACGUUACAUGGACCUUGCAGAGAACGCUCGCUUUGAGCGGGAGCAGCUGUUAGGUGUUCAGCAGCACUUGAGCAACACUUUGAAGAUGGCGGAACAAGACAAUAAGGAGGCCCAAGAAAUGAUAGGGGCAUUGAAAGAACGCAACCACCACAUGGAGCGGAUUAUUGAGUCAGAACAGAAAAGCAAAACAGCAAUAGCAUCGACCUUAGAGGAGUACAAAGCCACAGUUGCCAGCGACCAGAUUGAGAUGAACAGGCUGAAAGCUCAGUUAGAGCAUGAAAAGCAGAAGGUGGCUGAGUUGUAUUCGAUACACAACUCUGGAGACAAAUCAGAUAUACAGGAUUUGCUGGAGAGCGUCAGGCUGGAUAAAGAAAAAGCAGAGACUCUGGCCAGCAGUCUGCAAGAAGAGCUGGCACACACUCGCAAUGAUGCCAGUCGAUUGCAGGACGCCAUUGCUAAGGUCGAAGAUGAAUAUAGAGUAUUCCAAGAAGAAGCCAAGAAACAAAUUGAGGAUCUUAAUGUGACUCUAGAAAAACUUCGGGCAGAGCUAGAUGAGAAAGAAACUGAGAGAAGUGACAUGAAAGAAACUAUCUUCGAGUUGGAGGAUGAAGUAGAGCAGCAUCGUGCUGUGAAGCUUCAUGACAAUCUCAUCAUAUCUGAUCUGGAGAAUACAGUUAAAAAACUUCAGGACCAAAAGCAUGACAUGGAAAGAGAGAUAAAGAAUCUUCACAGGAGACUCCGGGAGGAGUCAGCAGAAUGGCGUCAGUUCCAAGCUGAUCUCCAGACUGCGGUGGUUAUAGCAAACGAUAUCAAGUCUGAGGCCCAGGAAGAGAUAGGAGACCUCAAGCGAAGAUUACACGAAGCUCAGGAAAAAAAUGAGAAGCUCACUAAAGAGUUGGAGGAAAUCAAGUCACGCAAGCAGGAAGAGGAACGCGGUCGAGUGUACAAUUACAUGAACGCUGUGGAGAGAGAUUUGGCAGCUCUGAGACAGGGAAUGGGCCUGAGCCGCAGGUCGUCCACCUCCUCAGAGCCAACUCCCACUGUCAAGACACUCAUCAAGUCAUUUGACAGUGCCUCCCAAGUUCCAACUCCUGCUGCUGCCGCGAUUCCUCGCACUCCCCUGAGUCCGAGUCCCAUGAAGACGCCCCCAGCUGCUGCUGUAUCCCCUAUGCAGAGGCAUUCUAUAAGUGGACCAAUCUCUGCUUCCAAACCCCUUGCUACACUGACAGACAAAAGACCAAGCUACGCUGAAAUCCCUGUUCAAGAACAUUUGUUGAGAACAUCUUCUACCAGCAGACCAGCGUCUUUGCCAAGAGUUCCUGCAAUGGAAAGUGCCAAAUCUAUUUCAGUGUCUCGAAGAAGUAGUGAAGAAAUCAAACGGGACAUCAGUGCGCCCGAUGGAGCAUCUCCAGCAUCUCUGAUGGCAAUGGGUACCACCUCACCACAGCUGUCCCUCUCAUCUUCCCCUACAGCAUCAGUCACCCCCACAACCAGAAGUCGAAUAAGGGAAGAAAGGAAAGAUCCCUUGUCUGCCCUAGCAAGAGAAUAUGGAGGAUCAAAGAGAAAUGCCUUGCUGAAAUGGUGCCAGAAAAAAACAGAAGGAUAUCAGAAUAUUGACAUAACAAACUUCAGCAGCAGCUGGAAUGAUGGCUUGGCUUUCUGUGCAGUCCUCCAUACUUACCUCCCAGCCCAUAUUCCCUAUCAAGAGCUAAACAGCCAGGACAAGAGAAGAAACUUCACUUUGGCUUUUCAGGCAGCUGAAAGUGUUGGCAUCAAAUCUACUCUGGACAUCAAUGAAAUGGUGCGAACUGAACGUCCAGACUGGCAGAAUGUCAUGCUGUAUGUUACAGCAAUUUACAAAUACUUUGAAACCUGAAACCCUAAUAAUUCAACAGAUUCAUGAAGUAGAACCAACAUUAGCUACCAGAUGGAAAUCUUGCUGAAAUGCUAAUCCCCAUUUCACUGAAAACUGGCAACAUUUGAGUCCCUUCAGACUUCACUGACACUAUCCUGGAUUGCUUCAGAUUGCUUCAGCUACUAAGCCUGGAAACAACCGCUAAAAAGCAAAAACUUGUUGCCACUGCUUGGAAUAACCCAAGUUAUUAAACUAUUCAGAUUAAUUAUGUAGCCUGAAGAGCCUGGACUACUUACCUACCGCCUUUCCAGCCAGACUUCCUGAAGCUUUCUUACCUAAGAGAGUGAGAUGAAUGGAUCCUCUAGCAUAUAGAAGACUGAAUGUACAGCUAAUGCUUUGAGAAGGAAAAGGAUAACAUGGCAUCGUAUUACUGAACUUUCUGUAGUGUCCUAAUACCACAGUCUAAAUAUUCCACCCACAGCCUAUGGCACCCCAAUGCAGUAGAGUUCCUGAUGGUAAUUUAGUUACCGCCUUUAUAGCUAUUUUCACUCCUUUAAAAUGUGCAAAGUAUUCUAGGAAAACAAGCUUUUAUUCCAUCACAACAGCUUGAGUGGAAAAGUGGUCUUGAUACCUCGAAAAAUUUGGCACAGAAGGACUCUUCAUUCUAAAGUUUCAUUAUAAGCCUACCUCUGUCACAGUGUUGUGGCUUCCAACUUUAUCUUAUGGAUUGUAAAGACUAGCACAUACAGCUCCUGGUAUUCAGGGUAUGCUGUACUGAAAGAAAUCUGUCACUAGCUCUCUGUGCUUCCAUUAUAACAGAAAUGAAUCAAUAAUCAACCCUUGUAUGGCUUGUUCUUUCCCCUCUUCUUCCUAUGCUCGUAUAGCAUGCACAGCUACCCCAGGCUUUACUUUACAGCAAUACAAGGAAACGUCAUGGAUGUCUGUGGUAGCAUUUUGGAACUGGGACAACAUUUCCUCUGCAGAGAAUAUACUUUCAAUAAGAUGUAAUAAUGAAGAUAUUUGUCUAAAAAUCCAGCUUUGCUGUUUCCUGUAUGUCUUUCAUUGAUGUUGCACAUCCUCAUCUGACUGACAGAAGGUGAGACGUUCUCUGACAAGAAUGGUGGAGGAGCUAAUGUAAUGUGUGUACACCCAGCAGUCUCAAAUAUUGCAUGGAAAAGACUUGCUCUCACAAGGAAGUAACUGAGAAACUUUGGAUUGCUCAGCUUUUGUUUUCCUAAAAUGUACCUGAAUUCAUGUAACAUAUCUCGGGCAAAAGAGUUCAAGUAAGUGCCUUAGCUAUCAUUGAAUUGAUACGUCCCGGCACUUCAGGGCUUUGUGCAGAAUGUCAGUAGCUCAGAAUGAUUUAAUCCAUCCAUUUGUUAUAAGCUAUUAAGAUGAUUGUUGUAAUCUGGUUUGUCAAAUCAAGGGAGGGCUUCACUCUGCCAUUGCUUCUGCCUCAUAUUUUUCAGAAUAUUGUUCAGCAGUUAAGCCACAGUUGAACAGCUCAUUACUAUUAAGUAGAAGCCUAAUCUAGAAGCGAGUUCUAUAACAACUGCGAUUUAUAAGCACAUGCUCUUUCAACACAGCGACCCUGUUAUAAAGAAAACUUAUCUUCUAUUCCUGUGGUGCUCUUAUGACUGUUAAGGACAGUUUGAAUGUCAUGGAUGUUAACCCAAAGAAUGCAGCUCCAACUGGCGUCUGUGAAACUUCAUCAUGGUACAAAAGCACAGAUUUAACUCAGACUUAUUGCCAAAUCUAAAAAGCUAUCAGCUGAAGAACAUAGCCCAUGUGAAGAGUAAUAAUUCAGUAUGUCUCUAGCAGCUAGCAUUACAGAAAAUUAGUUUUAAAAUGCUUACACUGAGGUAUCUGUAAUAGAAUAGAUGAUAAAUAUGCCUGUGAGAAUUUAUGAAAUGUUGCAAAAUAACUUCCUAACCCAUGCUGAGGGUCUUCGGAGAAGUUUUCAGAGCAACAGCAUCUCAUGCAUUCUUGUAGUUCUUUAGACUGCAUAUCCCUAAACGUAGCUAACUAUCCUCAGAUUAUCAGUUGGCACAUCUGAAGAGUAAACAUAAUCUAAAGGCAAUUGAUGCAAGAGAGGCUUCAAGUUGAAAAGUAUUCAUUAACAGAUUUUAAUAAGUCUGUAAUACGGUUUCCUCUCCUGUAUCCUCCUUCCAAUAUUUUUAUUUUGUUUCUUCAAAUAAGUCUCAGUAGGAGCAGUCCUAUUGGAAAUGCACAUUACCGCUGGCUCACGUUCCAUCUCUUAUUAAACUCCAGCCUGUGCACAUUUGUGCUUAUAAAUCUGUAUUCUUCCUUUGAAUAGACAUCCUUAUCUGUGAUUGUCUUAUUCGUUGCCUUAUGUACUAGGAAAGUAUUUUUCUAAUGGAAAGGACAGCAUCUCUUGGUCUGAAUUCACUCAUGAGCUGUUGUGUAAUGGCCCACCUCCUUUACCUGGAACACUGCACCAGUCCUUAACUAAACAACAUUUAAUAGUAAAACAAUUUGUAGAAGAGGAAAUCACAUUUUUCAGAUACCUUCUUUUAAAAAGAGGAGCUGCUAGUCUUCAGAAAGAAGUUAUGAGCCAUUACAGAAAGGAUCUUAUUUUGAACUUCAGUGCUCUGUAAACUUCAUGCUGUGGUCUGUCUGAUAAAACUCUAUCUAGAAAGGAAUAUUGGGCCCCAUAAAGAGAUUUUUUUAUAAUCGUGUAUCUGAGCCUUUACAAAUAAGAUGCCAUACGGCUGUCCAAGUGAAAGCAAUGAAGGAAAGCAAUGAAGCAAUGACAGAUAGAAAACAAACAUAAUACCCUGCUGCACUCUGCCAUGUGUUUUCUGCGAAGGUUCAAACAGCAUUUAAUUUUUCAAGUGGAAGAAUAGCUGUAGCCCUUCUGGACGUGAAUGAUACUGUCCUACUCUGUUCCUAUUCACACUUAAUCCUGAAACUGCCUGUUAUUUCUUACAUACGAAGCGAGGUUUCUGCUGAUUUAAUUUCCUCUCUUUUUUUAUCAGUCCAGAAAAUAUUACUGAAUGUGCUUUAAAAAAAAAAAGACAAAUAUUUUAUCCAUUUAUAUUACUACAAUUUAAUAUGUGCCUUGCAAGUGCCUGUGCUGUAGUAUAUCAGGGUUAGUCAUUGCCGGCUGCGGGCAGAAGGGAUCUGUCAAACACACUGAUGCAGACACAGCUCUAUGGCCUAAUGGAUCCUGUUUCCUGAAAUGCUUCCACGGACUGCAGAGACGUCAGGUUAGAGUCAGAUGUGUCUUGGGGUUGGCUAGUUGUCAUCAUGAUGGAAGAUCAUAAGCAUUGAACUGUGGGGUUUCCUUUACCAAAAAGAAAAGAUGGGAAGAAAAGAUAAAUUUUGGUUAUUAGGGAGAAUUCUGUCAGAAUAGUUUUGAUACGGAGUAUCUAACAAUAACAGAACUGAGGUGACUUCAGAAUGAAUUACGCUUGUCUUGACUUUCAGUUGGUUUGGUUUGAUUCGGUUUCAUUUAGUUGUCUUGUAUAUUUACAUGGAAACACUAAUUCCGUACCUCUGGUGUUGUGAGUGGAUCUCAGUGGCCCUCACAAAGAUCUCUCGUCCUCAUGCCUCUGAAAAGUUGUGUGUAAAACAUUCCCUUUUAAAAUUGUGUUAGCGGAUAGGCUGUCCACAAGGUAGCAUUUAUUUACAGUGUCGUGAUCUAAAAGUAAUUGUUUUGCGUGAAGUGUGUUCCUCAAGUUCUAUUUUUCAUAACUUGUCUAAUUUUGUAAAAUAUUUCCACUGUUUUUGUGUUUUGGGGAAGUCCAUUCUCAUGAUUUUUGUUUGCAAGAGCAAAGUGAACUCAGCUUUGAUGUAUGGAUGUAGUCUGCUGUAAAUGCUGCGGGCCGCAGUCUGCCUGGUUAAGUCCUCCUGCAUAAGGAGAAAUGCAUUUACUCUGACAAUGCGCACAAUACAGUGGUUUAAACUGCUGAUAAUUUGCCUUAAAUUUGUAGCUGUGACAAAAAAUUCUCCUUGGUUUCUCCGUUCUGUUAAUGAUCUCAGUGUAAAAUUCUUCUCUGUUUUUUCAUUUCCCUCAUUCAGCACUUCACAAUCACAGACUUGUAGAGGUUGGAAGGGACCUCCAGAGAUCGAGUCCAACCCCCCCCUGCAAAGCAGGCUCCCUACAGCAGGCUGCACAGGUAGGUGCCCAGGAGGGUCUUGAAUAUCUCCAGAGAAGGAGGAUCCACCACCCCCCUGGGCAGCCUGUUCCAGUGCUUCAUCACCCUCACUGUGAGGAAGUUCCUUCACAUACUGGUGCAGAACUUCCUAUGCUCAAGUUUAUGGCUGUUUCCCCUUGUCCUGUCCCCACAGACUGCUGAAAAGAGGUUGGCCGUGUCUCUUUGUCUCCCACCCUUAAGAUAUUUAUGAACAUUAAUAAGAUCACCCCUGAAUCUUCUUUUCUUAAGGCUGAACAGACCCAGUUCGCUCAGUCUUUCCUCAUAGGGGAGAUUCUCCAGGCCCUUCAUCAUACAGAGACGAGCUUCAUUAUCACCUAUUGAUUGAAAUAAGCAGACUCAAUAGGAGCUCAGAUAAUCCAAACACAUAUUUAUUGCCUUUUGAAUUCAGUAACUGCCUGCCUUCCUUUCUUCUGAAUCAUCAAUUCCUCUUUGAAAACCUUCAAAAAAUUGUUUUUUUUCUAACUGCUACUUUUUCCUGUCUCUCCAGCCACUUUCGCUCAGCCUUUUCUCUUGCCAGUUUGGCUCUCUUCAUUUCUUCCAUUUCUCUUCUUUUGUUGUUUUCUUUUAAGACCUCCUGCCUUCGUAAUCGUUUGAUUUCCGUUUCAAGUUCUUUGAUUUUCUCCUCUUGUUUCUGAAGUGCUGCUUGUGCCUCUUGUUGAGCUGUGAACUCCUCAUCAAAUUUCUUGGAAAACUCUGCUGCUUUUUGCUCACCCUCUUCUACUUUAGCUUUGUCUACACUUGCAUCAAUAAGGUGAGUAAAAUCCAUGUCCAUUCUUCCUCUGCAAUUAAAAUCUGAGUCCAUGCCACUGCUGUGCAAUACUGUAUGUGGUACACAUUGUUUGAUUAUCUUAUAAUACUGAGGUCAGACCUACUUCUCAUCAGGAAUGAAUUCUAAGUGUUGUAGAAUUGACAAAAAGUGGUUUUCAGAAGAAGUACCUUUCAACGUAUUACACAAAGGGUGAUAUACUUCAUUCCCAUCAUCCAUUUCAACUCUGAUAUCACGGAGACGAAGUGACGGUUCAAUUAAGUCUUCUUCUUUGCUCUCAUCAAACACUUACAACUGAAUGUCAAGCUCUUUAUUCUCCUUCUCUAUCAAGGCAGGCAUUAUUUUCCUCAGGCCACAACGUAAAAACUCGUUUCUCAAGAGAAUCCUGAGAUCAAGUUCUUCUGGAGAUGUAAAAAGGGCAUUGAUAACCGCAUGCAGGUGGUCUGAUUCUCCAGUCCUUCAACAAUCGGAGAGAAGCGUUCUCUAUUAUUCCUUUCAGCAGCAGUUGUUACAGCUCCUAAGAGCUUGUCCAGAACCUUUUCCUCUCUAACAAUGCAUACAGCAGAAAGUAUUUUCACUACUUCUGUCAUCAAGUGUGGUUGUUUUGGAUCAGUUGCUCUUGAUAACAGUAAGAGACUUCUUUCAUCUUCGAGAAUUCUUGGCAAUCCAUAUUUAUUAUUCAGAAAUGCUUUGAGGCACUGUACAAGUUUAUAUCGAUCCUUCUUAUCAAUAUUUUCUUGAUGUUUCUUGUCCAGAAGCCUUCCCAAGGCAUCCAACAGAAGUCCAAGGCCUUUAUGUCCAAAACUGUUAACCCAGCUAACUGGUUUGCUGGUUAAAUACUCUCUCAGAGACACAAGACAGCUAAGAAGCUUUUCCUCACCAGUUCCAGAUCGCAGUUCACUCUUGCAAGGACAGUGUGCAUUCACAUUUGCUGGUUUUCAGUCCACCUAAUUCAGCAGUUGAAAACUGACGGUUUGAGUUCAGUUGCAUCUUUUCCAUCACCAAAAAAAAUUCCUUUUACUCAGUUCUAUCAGCUUCUGUACAUUUUUGACCUAGGUACAAAUUUUCUUAUAGCCUAGUUUUAAACAAGUUUAUUUGGGAAGUUGGAGAUCUGGAGAACUUACUACUUUGUUCUGCUUGUGACCAGCUUGUGAAUGCUGAUAUGUGGCAGUCUCUUCAAAGCUGCCUCUUCUGGAUGGCUGGCAAGAAGUUAUGCACAGGCUAAAGUUGAACCUUUAAAACAGUGUUUAUAUGACUCAUGUGGUGACUUCACCUCUUAUUUGCCUAUUACAACCACCACAGGAACAGCCGAGCUGCAGGCUGCCUUGAGCAGGAGCAAUUGGAGAGCAGAAUCCUUCUGGGAAGGAAGCCAGUUGUACAUCUUGACACCAUUUUUUGCCUAUUGUGAGAAAUACUCCUGCUGAAGUGGCCUAAAGAAUAGGAUUUUAAAAUAGUAGCGUUCGUGUACAGGCUGAUUUAGCUAUGUAGUUUAUUUGUGGUCCUUCCCUUGACUCAGUGAAUAUUUUUCUGUUAUUUUUAUGUUCUGCCAAGCUCUGUUUCUGCAGUUCCUUUCUUAAGUUAGCAUUAGUGUAAGAAUAUUCAAUAAUAGUAGCCCAUCCAGUAAAUGGUGGGCCAUGCUGUUAAAACAAAGUAGUCAUUCACAAGUUCUAGACAUGCUGUUGUGCUUUCCUAGGUUAGUGCGUGUCAAUUGGAAAAAUACCUUAGAGCUGCUUCAUUCUUCUUUGACUUCCUUUUCAACCACAUCAUCUCCAUCACCCUAGGUAGGUGCCCAUCAGGUCUUCUUGCUCUGACAUUAUCAGCUCCUUACAAGUGUUAUGUGCUCAUAGACAUCUUUUAAUGCAUUUAACUGUCUCUGUUUAGAAAGGUAUCUCUAAGAGCGUUUCUGCCCUCAAAGAAGUGUGGCUGGAUGGGUUUCGUGUGACUCGCUGGCUUGCUGAGCCUUUGUUUGCCCAAGAUUUUCCAGUAUAUUCCGUAUAAUUUCUCUUGGUAAUUGUCAAAGCCAUUAUGUUAAGUAUCUGGAAUAUAUAUCAGAUAUGCUUUUGAUAAUUAAUACUAAAUAACUGUAAAGAUCAAGUUCUGUAUACUUCUGAUUUUUGUUAGUGUUGCUAAGAAUUUUUGUUUUUCCUUAUGUGUUUAUGCUUGCCGGUUUUUGGUCUACAGUUCACUUGAACUCUUGCUUGGCAAGGCCCUGGCCUCCACACAGGAGUUCAUGCUGUGAUAACAGACUUGUUUCCUCACACUGAAACUUCAGUAAUACCUAUGAAUACCAGAUGAUUUCAUUCCCACUGACAUUUAUCUUUUACUUGGGAUAUUGCUGUCCCUUUGGCUGCUGUCUGCCAGAGUUAGGGAUAGUUCCUACCAGUUCCAGCAGGACCUGUGGAUGUAGAACCGUAGGGGGAACUUCUUGCAGAAUUAUGGCAGUCUGAUGUGAUUAAGCUUGUUUUGUUUUAAUUCCCUAUUUUCAGGGAGUCUCAGUUUAGCCAAAAUCACUUACUCAAAGCUGAAAUGUGGCACAUUCAUUCUCCACUGAGAAGUAUGCUUCUGUUUAAUAAUAUUUUUAUGAGAUUGUAUUUAUGUAAACUAAAAGAAAAACGUCGUGAAGCUAGUUUUGUUGCACUUUUCUAAGGCUUUUGUAUUUUGCAUAGAGUUCUAGAAUACAAACAAGUUGUUUGGGGAACUUUAGGUUUGAAACUUACUCUGCCCCAGCAUAGCAGUGUAUUACGUGCAUUUUCAUAUAGUAAGUAUGUGUUUUAUUUUAGCAUGUGAGCAGUGUAUUUAUAUGGUAGUUACGAAGCCCAGUGGACGUUUCCUGCUGCAGAGGAGCCAUUGGCAGUCCUGGUUCCACAGUUCAUGAACUGACCUGUUUUGACAGUAGACUGCAUUUGCAAUAAUUGAGUAGUUGAUUUUUAUCUUUCUGAACUUUUUCAGUAAAUGGAGAGAAAGAAACUCUUCUGUUUUGUUCCAUUGUUGAAAUUUCUCCAGAAGCUUUUACUGGUUUCCAAUUAUUGCAUGUGUGCAGCUGGGAUGAUUACUUGGGAAUCAGCUCAGUAGGGAGAGCACAAGUACACGUAGCAUACUCAAGUAAUCCUUGUAACUUACAACAUUUCAGUUAGAAACUUUAGUUUUUACAUGUAUAAUAGGGUCAAUUUUACUAUUUUUAAGUAGCACUUUUAUACUUAUCUGAAGGGUUUUUUUUUAACAGAAAUGUCUUUUCUGUAUGUUAUCUAAUGGAAAGAAAGUAUAACACUAAGAAACAAAACACAGAAUAGUUAGCUUCCAGACUGUCCGUUCACUUUAGGUCAGUGAUGAUCAAGAGUUGUUCAAUGUCUGUGAAUUAAAAUAGCGAUCCCACGUAAUGGUGGACAACUCUCCAGAUCAAAGUCAGAAGGGCAUUAAUUGGUACCCUCUAGCUCUUGGAUGUGGGGGUACUUUGAGUUCAGGUGAGGCAGAAUUGACAGAACAGUGUGGUGAAUUUUGGACUCGGUGAAAGAACAGAAUGUUAUUGAUGUCUCAGUCUAACUACUACUAGUCACUACAUCAGAUAAGGACUAACCUUGUUUAAAAUGACACUGCAGCCAGUACUUAAAUCUCCUAAAUAACUGAUUUAAAGCUCUUUUUCCAUGGCCUUUAAAGAUGAUGUAAAACACAGUGAUUCUUAUAAGCUCUUCUCAUCCAUCCAGCUUUUCUGAUUUGUAUUGGUUUUAUACUCCUUUGAAAUGCAAAUGUUAGACUGACCAAACAGCACGUAUAUGGGUUUAGUAAUCUCCUUCUAGACAAGAAGCACUUUCUUCUUUUUCAGAACCCUUUCAAAUAGUUUAUGUACGCAUUCACAUGCAUAGACAUCUUAGAUACACCUAGAGGUUUUACGUAAACGUAUGUGUGUACAUAUAUAUAUGCACAUGCAAAUACACUUGUGUAUAUGUAUGUACCUAUGCAGGUUCUUAGUAAAACUGAACAUCUUUCGAGAAGUGCUCGAGUCUUGAGUACUUACGAUGGUGUAACAGCUUAUACAUUGAAAAGGUAAGGAAGAAAAUGUAUUUUGUUUGUUUCUGAUGAGAUCUUAGGAAUACAGUUCUGAGGAAAAUUCGUGUGUUCAGAUUGUAUUUCACCCUGUUUCUGGUUUGAAAGGCAUAAGCUGUUAUUGGAACUUAAAAGGUCAGCAAGCAUAUUAUAAGCUAAACCUUUUGGAGGACCAAUAUGCUUUUAGUUUGCAAGGACCACUAAAGAUCUGGGCAUUUAGUUUCUUCAUAAUGUAUUCUGUAUGAAUAUUUAGUAUGUAUGCCUUCAAUUUGCCAAUGUUGCCAUGUUUUCUUCUUAAUUAUUCAUGAAAUAAAGAUUGCAAAUAGCAA